AUGGAUAACUUAGAUUACCAUAUCGAGAGUUUCUCAAUAUCUCUCGACACCAACAUCAUUCACAAGUGUGACAUACAGCUACAAGUACACAGCCUGCCUGUCAAUGGUAAUUCAUCACCGCCUAGACUCACGGCAACACUUACCGAUGGGGUGCACUUUAUACCUGCAGCAUUUGAGACAUCUAUAAACAAAGAUCAACUGCUACAGAAACGGAAUACUAUUAGAUUGACAAAGUUUAGGUUCACAAAAAAGGCAUUCCUUAUAGUAUUGGAAGUGAGGCUGGAAGCCCCUGCAUCACCUCCUCCUCCUCAACAACAACAACAAUCAAUCACUAUUCAUCCCAUUGUCAAACUGAUCUCAACGAAUGAAUGGUCCAAUGAUGACAACCGUCCAUCAACGACACUUGUGAGCAAGCAUUGCAACUGUGCCGAAAUUGGACCACCACUACACAACAUUGUAUCACAUUUGAGAGUGCACCUUGCUCAUAAACAGGUCAACCCUCAACUCUUCAAGACGUUAGUAGACUUGGCGCUGAACUCGCCUUUCCCCAAUGAACUGUGGACCUACUUCAAAGAUCAACUGUUGCCACUGGUAACAAGGCUACUUGCCAAUCCAAGUAGAGAGUAUUCUCCUGAUGUGUAUGAACAUAUUGGCAGGCUACUGUACGCACGUGUACCAUUCGCCUACGCCUUGGCCUUCCUCGAUACUGCCAUCCACACUAGACACUGGUCACUCUUUGUCCUUAUCAAUCCCGAAUUUCUCAACACUCUGCUCACACCUCUGCGAGCAAAUCAACAACACGAACAAGUAGAGCUUAUGUUCGAACUAUACUUUCAACUCAUGAUGAACUACAAGGAAAUUCUCAGCUGCCAAGACAAUAUCACCGCUGCCUUUGGUGAGGAACGGUUUAAUCAAGAGAUGAACCGAUGGUUGUUUGAUGACCCAUCAUCAAGCACUGCCAACAGGAUGGAAUACUUCUCAUCAGUGGUAAAUAGGGGUUCACUGCCACCACAUCUUGUCUCCAAGUCCAACAGACAGGCUGUCUUUGAAUCCCUAGUCACAUUCAAGCUAAGCACAAACGAAUACUCUCGCUAUUCAAAUGUUAUCAGUAAAGUACUUUCACUCUUGGGUGACGACAUCAUCAACAAUGGCGACAACCAGGAUAUGAUGAUCAGUCAGUUUACAGGUCGAAAGGACAUGGACGAUGUAUAUACGACAUUAUUCCCUUAUGUGCGCUCAUUCGACUCCUGUCUCAAAUCAUGCCUCGACCACUUGGACUCAUUCGUAUUGCGCAACACACUUAUCAAGUUGGAGUUUCUUUAUAGAAUAUGA